AUGAAGGAAGAAAAAUCGCAGAGGGAAGCUAGUAUCGAGACUGGCAAUGAAUCAACAGUAGUUACCAGACAACAGAGGCGUAAAAAGACUUCACGAGCAUGUAAUCAUUGCCACAAGGCCCACAUGACAUGCGAUUCAAACCGGCCUUGUUCGAGAUGUGUACGCAAAGGUUUAAGUGAAACAUGCGAGGACGCUCCAAGAAAGAGAAAAAAGUAUCUCGAGGAUGUCCCCAACUCAAGCUUAACCAAUAAGCAUACAGUAUCCAAUGUUAAUGCAAAUUCCAGUCUCAGUACCGUUGCUACGGGCCUGCAAGAUAAUAUUCUGCCGUUAGAUGGGAGGAAUAGUAUUUUAGGAAUAGGACAUUUACAAACACCUCAAAGCAGCUUUCAACUGCCUUCACAUCAACAGCCAAAUAAAACACAGUCGCCUCUGGUUAUACACCAUCAACAGUCCAACGAGCGAGCCCCACAACUUUAUAGACAGCACUCGCUUCUACAACUGCAGCGACUACCUCAACCUUUACAAACCCAUCAAGCUACAAUGUUUCAACAUAGUGCAACAGCACCUGAACUAACUCAACCAUUAUCUGAGCAAUACAUUGAGAAUAUGUACCAGCACACUUCACCUCCACAACAGCCACCCCUACUGUCGUUGUCACUGCACCCCGAACAACAAUAUCAUCAAACAACAUUGACACAUGAUCAUAACCAUUUGUUCCCUAAAGCACCAACUAGUUUAAACACCCAAGCAUCGUUCAAUAAUUAUCAAAAAAAGAGUAAAUUUAUGUCAUCAGCAGCAGAUUUGGAGUACUCAACAUUGUCAAGCAUACUUCAGGACACUUUUGGUGGACACCAUACAACUUCAAACGAAGGUACUCCAAAUUCGCACAAUUUUUCACCAACUCUUUCACCAGAAAACACCAAUGGUUUAGGGAUCCGUCAUUCGAUACCAGCAUUAGAAGGGGCGAACAAUGACCCCAGUCACGCACAGCACCUGUCCCUGAAUGUUAAUAUGAACCUGGACCAGAACCAGAACCAGAACCAGAACCAGAACCCGAGUCAAGCACAAAAGCUUUCAGGUAGUUCAUCUUCAUUUAAUCAAAAGACUCAUCAUAGCCUCUUUGGCAACUCAAUGUACCCCAGGUGCGAUGAAAAUAUUAAUCAAUACUUUAUAGGAAAAACAGAUGGUGAAAACAUGACAUAUUUCCCCGAUAUUAUUACUGCGAUUGAACAAAUGAAAAAAGACGAUUACGCAGUGUAUCAAGAACGAAAUUCAAAACUGAGUCUUUCCUUCUCUGUCGGUAUUCAUCCCGAGCAUGGUCUGGGUCAUUACCAAAUUUAUAAUCACCACAACAAUAGCAACAACAAUAAUAAUAACAAUAAAGACGGUGCCCAGAAUUUGCUAUACAAAGAGCCAGAGGAAAUCUAUGCAAAAGUACAAAAGCCCUUUUCGUAUACGCCAGGGUACCACUUGUUGAUUGCAUAUUUAAGAAAUAGAUUUUCUAAACCGAUGUUGGUAAAGAUGGCAGAGUCCAUGGCGGCAUAUAGACCAUCCUUUAUUGCGUGCACUAACUCGCUCAAGGAGCAUGACUUGAUCUUUAUGGAGCAGUGUUUCCAGCGGACAUUACUCACGUAUGAUAAUUUCAUCAAGAUAAGCGGAACACCAACAAUCGUUUGGAGACGUACUGGAGAAAUUGCUUAUGUAGGUGAUGAGUUUUGUGUCCUUACAGGUUGGCGCAAGGAACAACUACUUGGUGGUUUUGAUGGAGGAAAAGAAGAAAAAGAAGAAAAGGAAGAAAAGAAAGAAAAAGAAAAAGAAAUUGGAGAUGGAAGAGGUCAAAGAAAAAGAGAAAGUGAAAUGCAUAGCAAAGACCACGAUAUCAGCAGCAAUAUCAAUGGCAACAAGAAGAGGUUUAUUGUUGAGUUACUAGAUGAUGAAUCUGUGGUUGAGUACUUUCAAGUCUUUUCGAGGAUUGCGUUUGGUGACUUUUUAGGUGCAACAAUGACAGAGUGUACCUUGCUAACCCCGAACCCAGAUGUAAAGAUUCGCACCGGAUGUGUAUGGACUUUGAAGAGAGAUGUGUUUGGGAUCCCCAUGAUGAUUGUUGGUAAUUUUCUUCCAAUCUUGUAA